AUGGCUUGGGCUUGCAGCCAUAUUAAGGGGUGGGUUUUACUUUUUUAAAAAAAAAUUUGGGCGGGGUAAAAAUUUUUUAUGAGUGGGGUAUUAUUUUUUACGCUAAUUUUUGUUUUUUUCUAAAAAAUAUUAAGAGGAGUGAAAAAAAAUUUUUGGGCGGGUUAAAAAAAAUUUUGGGUGGCGUGAAAAUUUUUUUUUUGAAAUUAUUUGAAAAACCUCUAAAAAUAUAGUUUUAGCCAAUUACUAGGCCCUGGAAUUGGUACUCGUACUGGAAGUAUGAAAAGUAACAACGCUUUAUCAGUCAAAGACAUCCCAAUGAGGUCUACAUUGCUUAUUAGUGGUGAUAUUGUGGUAAGUUUUAUUUUUUAAAACAUUUUUGAAAUUUUUUUCGUAAUGCUGUUUUGUUAUGGCAUUAGUUUUUAUUUCAUUUGGUAAUGUUUUGGUCAAAAAACAAAAGGCGGACCGGUUCACAAAUUUUUUAAAAAUUAUGAAAAGUUGGUUUUAAAUGGUCCUACACUACUCUGCUUUACCUUACUUUACCUUAAUUUACCCUACCUUGCAGUAUCUUUCUCCACCCUACUUUAUCAUAUUUUACCGUAUCUUAUACUACACUACCCUGUCUUACUCUGUCUUACCUUAUUUUGCUUUACUUUACUCUAACUUACUUUACCCUACUCUACCUUAGCCUACACUACCUUGCUUUGCCUUAUCUUAUCUUACCCUUUUCUUUCUCAACUCUUCCUUAAUCUACCCAACCUUAUCUUACCGUAUCCUACUCUACCCUGGCUAGACUGCUGUUAACUAUAAUCAAUUUUAAAUUUCAGCCAAACUUUGACGCCCCAGGCACGUCGAUGCAAAAAGUGUGUAUAAUCGACUUCUCAUCAGUACCAACCAUUGACACGGCUGGACUAGAAGCGAUGAGGGAUGUUUUUGAACAAAUGGCUGAGAAGAAGGUUAGGAUAUUGUAUGCCGCUGUAAACUCAACCAUUCGACAUCGAUUCAAAAUGUGUGAGGGAUUUGAAGUGGUACCUAAACAUUACUUCUUCCCUUCGGUUCAUGAUGCUGUGUUGUGUGCUCAACAAAUGGGUGGAAUGGUGGCUCCGAGUGUUCAUAUGAGGUGGGUGUGGUUUUUUUAUGUUUGGUUUUCCUUUGUUCUUCCGUACUUUAGUGUAGCUUUAUUAGAGGUUUGAGCUUUACUUAACCUUUCCUUACUUUACUCAAUAAUACACUGCCCUUUCUUACUUUACUCUACUUCACCCUACCAUACCUUACUUUACCCUACUCUAUCAUAUCGUACUAUCCUACCCUACCCUACUCCACCCUACCCUAUCUUACCCUGCCCUACCCUACUCCACCCUACCCUAUCUUACCCUACUCCACCCUAUCCUAUCCUACCCUACACUACCCUACUCCUACCUCUACUCUCACCCCAACUUCUAACCCUACCCCUACUCUUAAUAAUACUCUUACCCCCUAUCCUAGGUUGUCUCCGGCUUCAUACUAGUCGUAGUCAACCAUUAUUUUAACCCUAUCGUAUUCUUGAUCCUGCAGUACCUUUGCAGUUAUCUAGUAUUAUCCAACCUUAUCUUGACUAUACUCUCUAGCCUUACCCUUUAACAUUAUUUAAAACUUACUCCCUAUCGUUACCUUUGUUAUAGCCUCACUCUAACCUUAGCUUGAACUUGCUAUACCUGUAGGUCUACUUUAGCGGUGCUAUGUUUUUGUUUUACUUAACUUUCAAACUAUUUAGUUUUGCUCUAAUUAAAACUUACUCUCGAACUAGUUUUGCCCUAUUUAAAGCACUCUACUCGUUACUAUGUUGACUUUUGAAGUAAUGACCUUACCAGGUUCUAUUUUUACCUUAACUUUGAAACCAAAUUUUAAAAAAUUUUGUUACGUUUCCAAGUUAUCACGGAUUUUUGCAGUUUUUCGAAGCUCAGCAGGAAGUGUUUUGCAUAUUUCCUAAACAAAAACACUUUAUUGUGCCAUUUUUAGUGUUUCUAUGAAUGGCUACAGAGACUUGAUCACUCUAUCCAAUGCCACUUCUAAUCACGACUUCUUGAAUCGACAACAAGAUCAAGCUGAUAACUUGUCAGCAUGCACGCGACAAUCCUUCUCUGAACAACGCAUUACUCCGCCGCUUACUUUGAAGUUGUAA